AUUUACAAGAUAUAUAUUCUGUUCCAUCAAAACCAGCCAGUGGUACAAGCUAAAGUUUAUGGUAAUAUAGUUGAAGCAGAUAUGGCUCCCGAAAGUUUGGCGAUACUGUUGGCAGUACUAAUAAGACUUGGUAGCUGCGGCCAGAAGUCUUGUCGUAGGGAGGACGUACAAGAGCUCAAAGAUGUAAUUACUAACGCAGAUGAUGAACAGAAGAGCGAGAUAGCAAUUAUAAAAGCCGAGGUUGCUGGCAUCAAAAACGAUAUCGCUGCAUUAAAUGCAGGGUUGUCUCAAAUAUUGAGCAUACUAGGGGAAACACCUAAAGAACCAGAUACAACAAUUGCUUCAACUACUUAUGGAGAAACACCGAAUGUUCCCGAUAAUCAAUCAACGACCCAUGCGACCGUUACUCCAGACAACCCAGAUCCCCAAAUAGGAGACACAGAAGCCCUCGCAGCCAAAUCCUGCUUGGAAAUCUUACAAACUCGUACCACAACCCCUCCAUCCGGACUGUAUUGGAUCGCAGUCACCCCAAGCUACACAACCAGGUUGUAUUGUGACAUGGUGACAGAUGGGGGUGGCUUCACUCUUGUAUGGACAUUUACGUUCACGAAGUAUGACAUUCAAACAGGAGCCAAUGAUAUCACUCCUAGACCUAGCUGGAAGUUGAACAAAUUCAUGCACUAUUUAGAUAUUCAAGAUGUCAUUGUUCCUGUUUCAAACAAACCACCGACAUCUGAAGAUCAAUUGGGAGCCUUGAAAUUUAAAUAUUGGAAACUCAUAGGGGGCAAUGCCUUUAUUGUAAAAUCAAAUUUUUUCAACUGGAUAUCCUGUAAUGAGACAACGGGAAGCAUCGUAGAGGAAGGGGUGUCGGGUUCAAUCAAGUGUAACGUGAUCAAAUAUUUAUCAACCGAGUUACCACAAUGUAGCACCGUCACACCUACUUCUCUGAACUGGUUUGAAAACAAGGGAAGUAUUUGUGGCAUGUACCUUAUGAGAUAUAACUUAGCAUAUAUGAUGUUUGAGGUCAACAGCUUGAGUUGCUGGCCUAUUUGGGAUGCAUGUGGGGAGGGUUCAAAAGCAAGACUUCUGAAAGAUAUCAGAUCUCCACGUGCUAAUGUGUAUAUACGUUGAUAAACCUCUCUCUGUAAAAUCAACCUUCAUGAAGCAAUUUAGUCUUUUUGUGAUAUUUUAACAAAAAUCGACUCGGCAUUCGU